AGUUUAGCAAUUGAUCUCAAUCAGACGACAUGAUGACGCUGCUAAACCAAAUUAUGUUGUUCUUGACGCUGUACAGUCUUAGCGAGCGAAUUGUGCAAUCUACCAGGUGCGAGUACCUGAAAAAUAUCACUGUGACGGUUUUCCAGGAGAAAGGUGAGCCCUACAACCAGACCAUUAACGGGUGCAUCGAGGAUAUCGUAUUUAGUGAGGAGAAGAAUGUUGUGACGGCUCUGACCAUAUCCAGACAAAAUAUAACCCAUCUGGAGAAAUACUCAGUAAGGAAUAUGGCGUAUAUCGAUGAGAUUAUUAUAGCCAACUGCGUUUUGCAAGAAAUUGAAGCGGGGGCAUUCAGUAAUCUGCCAAAGUUAAGGAAAAUUUCCAUUGGGUUUAGUGAAAUAAAAGAGAUUGGUAUUGAUGUCUUCAAUGUGUUGGAGGAAUUGCAAGAAUUUAGAAUACACAAUACUGAUUUGGACACCAUUGAUAAAGAAGGUUUCGCCAGUAUGCCAAACUUAAGGAAAUUCUACUGUGACAUAAACAAGUUGGAGUACUACGAUUCCGAAUGGUUUACUAACAGUGAAAAUUUGGAAAUACUCGAUUUUCAGUUCAAUAAAAUCAACUCUCUUCCCGAGAGGGCCUUCUUCGAUUUGAAAAAGUUGCGCAAAAUCAACUUUAACAACAACGAAAUCUCCUACAUCGAACCCAACGCUUUCGAAGGCGUAACAACUCUGGAAUCUUUAUUUCUAAACUACAACAGGCUCAAAAUGAUAAACCCGGACGUGUUCACAGAAAAAUUCAAGUCAACCUACUUUUACAUCAACGCCAACUACCUAAAUUACCUCCCCAAAGAGCUCCUCGAUAAACUCACCGUAAAAUACAUCUCCUUGGACAACAACCCUUGGAAGUGCCCAUGCUUGGAAUUUGUCAACCGUUGGUUAAACGUCUCCAACGGCACCGCGAUUAAAUCGGACAGCUGCAUAGGCAGCAACCUGCCAGUUUGUUUGUAUCCCAAGCAGUUCACGAAAGUUUGCAACGAAACCAUUGAUGAGGAUGUGACGAAAGAGUAUCUCAGCAAUUUAAGGAAUGCCACGAAGCACAAAACCGACUUGAACCCGUAUUGCUUUCGGUUAGAUUGAUGUGGUUUUAUAUACCAUGUGUGUAUUUAUUAUUAAUAAAUUAUUGUUUUUUGACUGUU